UAAAAAAAUGUCUGAGAAUAUCUAAAACAGAGUCUCUUCAAUAUUUGAAAAAUUAAACAAUAUUUCUACUAGUGUUUAAGAUGAGUAUUGAUUUAUUUGAAGUUUUAGAAAGAACAAUCGUUUUCAUACAAUAAGUUAAUUGAUUAUGGCAUUCGAGGCACAAUUACAACAUUAGUCAGAUUAAAAAGAAGAGAAGUUUGUUUAUAUUGCUGCCAAAGUCAGACAAAUAACAGAAUUUUUAGAAUAAGAAUAAGAAAAGUAUUUUCAAUAAUGAUAAAUUAAGUCGUGAAAGAUAAGAAACUGAAACAUUUAAAUUAAUAACAGAUUUAGAAAGACAUGCAAGAAGAUUGAUUGAAUAAAAUUCUAAAGAGAGAGUAGAAUAAGAAAAAAAGAUUGUUUAUUCAAUUGGAUAGUAAAUUGAAUCCUUGCAAUAAGAUGUCAUUAAAGAAGGAUUGGUAAUAAGUUUAUUAAUUUAGGCAUAAUCAACAUCUCAUGAAUAUAUUGAUUCAUAUUUGAAUGAAGAUUUACCAAAAAUUGCAGAUGAAUUGUAAAAUGAAAUUACUGAAAGAAAAGAUGUAGAAGAAAAAAUUUAUCACCAGUUUGUAGAAUAGUUGAAUGAUUUAAGAUAAUUAUUUGAAAAGUAAAAUACUUCUUAUUUUUAAUAGAGAAAAAAAAGAAAGAGAAAUUAAGGAAGAAGAAAUCGUUGAAAGUUUGAGAGAGAUCUCUAAUAGAAUCUAAGAUUAAUUAAGAAAGACUAGAGGAGAAAGAGAAAAGACAGAAGAAACAUUAGUAACUUUAGUAGAAAAAGUAAUUGAAAAACUAAAGAGAGAAAUGUUAGAAAUGAAUUUAUGAAUAAAUAUAAAUCCCAU